GUAGGCCCACCGUUAUUAGGCUUUACCAACAAAAAAAAACCCUAUAUAUUCCAUCUCUUAUCAAAGAAAAACCCUAGUUAAAGUUGUGGCCAUCAGAGUUCAACUGUUCUCACUGCUCAUCCAGCAAAAAUGACUUUUAAGAGAAGAAAUGGUGGUCGUAACAAACAUGGACGUGGCCAUGUCAAAUUCAUUCGUUGCUCCAACUGUGGCAAGUGCUGCCCUAAGGACAAAGCAAUCAAGAGGUUCCUUGUGAGGAACAUUGUUGAACAAGCAGCAGUGAGGGAUGUUCAGGAAGCCUGUGCUUUUGAAUUGUACACUCUUCCUAAGCUGUACUUGAAGAUGCAAUAUUGUGUCUCAUGUGCCAUUCACUCCAAGGUUGUUAGGGUCCGUUCUCGUACUGAUAGGAGGGUGCGUGAGCCUCCACAGCGCUUCAGACGCCCAAGGGAUGAUCUUCCCAAGGCAGGUCAAGCUCCCCGCCCCGCCGGAGGAGCUCCUGCUGUAGCUCGUACUUAAGUGCCUACUUUUUGAUAAACUGCUGUUAGGCCUUUUUGUUUUUGUUUAAUUUGAGCGAAUCUAUGGUAUUUGAGAUGUGUUUUUGAAGUGGAUUUUUUAAUUAGUUUACUGUGACAAUCGUUAAAUUUGUGCAUGCAAAUCUCAAGAAAACUGGCCUGUGGUUCUAUCUUA